UCUUGUCUUUACGCGUGAACACCGCACACAAAGUCACAAAGUAAUUCGAUGCUCGCGCGCCAAUCGACCGCCCAACCGAGCUUCGGGGAAUACUAAUUGAAUUCCACGCAAUGCCGCGACUUCUACGUACUUAACAACACCACCAACAACCAGUAGCGACCCGAUAAACCCCCCGUUGAUGGCUUAAUCUAAUGGCUGGUGAUCGCGACCACGAUCGCGGUACCCGAUUUGGCCUCCGGCCCGACGGGUGGCGCUACCUCGGUGGUCUUGGCCGCGGAAUACGGAAUUGGCCGGCAGGUCUAUACUUGGAACAGAACUCGGAUUUCGAACUCUGCGCCCGGCACGUGGUCGAUAGGCGAUUGGUAUUCGAUGGAAGCCGGUUUGAACAUUCCAGAGCUGUUGCGGUACCUCGCGAUGAUGACGCGACCGGUGGUGUCGCGACAGAUCAAUCUGCACCUCGUAGAUCACGGCUGCAGCGUACGAUUGAACCACACACCAUGUGGCCACUUUUCGCGUUAGCCUUCUGCUACCUCACCGCCGGCGUCCGGAGUGAUCUGGCCCAGUACACCGUGUACAAGGGAUUCCCGGCCGCUUGGCAAGAGUGCGGCGAGUACUUCGAAGUUCCCAACUGUACCCUGGAACAGUACCGAGAAGACUCGUAUCCCUGCGAGGGUGCCGUCAAGGAGCUCAUCCGAUGUUCGCUGAUCAACCUGAGUGCCUGGAAUGACACCACCGGUGUCCGGCAGCACGUGAUCCGCAACUACUUCCAACCUGCUGCCGAGGACAGUUGCUACGAGAACCGCACCAAGGAGUGCCUCAAGCAGAUCGACAGCAACGACGAUGUGUACAACCGGGCGUACGAGUCGUUCCGCUGCUACUACCGACAGUACGGGAACCUGAUCUCCAGCGCCCAGUUCAGCCCGUACGAAUCCGACGAGCUGGUCCAGCUCACCGCGUACAGCUUCUCCGUCCGCCACAUCCCCAAAUGUGUCCUUCUCCAGUACGCCAAAGGAGACAUCCUGGAAGAGCCCCACUUCCCCGCAGUUCUGCUAACCUGGCUUCUCCGCGGUGGUUACUACAGCCUCCAAAACGGAAUCCUCCUCAAAACUUUGUACACCCAGUUCGGCCACCCGGAACUUCUUACCGAACAAACCAAGCAAUGCACCGACGCGGUCGUGGCUCAACUCUGCGACGAAAGUCACGCCACCAAGGCGUACCAGAUCUUCAAGCGAUGCCUUCAUCACAUCGUGCCAAUCCUGGAGUUGAUUCAGGCCGUCGCUAAGGAGUUGGUCAAAGAGUGUGAUCGACCCUGUGGGCACUGUCAGCAAGAUCUGAGGCAGUUUGCCCCGGUGACGGCACCUCCGUUGUACAAUGUGUACUUUCGAGAACACUAGGCUGAUCGAUGAGUGGCCGCUGAUGGUGUACGAUUUCCACGAAAGACUGAAGUACGAUGCGGCGAGGAGGGCGUUCUAUUCGGAGGAGGAUUAU